AUGUCAUCCGUCAACUGUCAAACAACGCCACCUCCCACCUCCCACGUCGUCCUCUCUUAUCCAGCCGACUAUGUCCUCCUCGUUACAAUUAACCGCGAAAGACAGAUGAACUCGAUACCGUUCGAAGGACACCUUGAAAUGGGCCAGGUAUUCGAUUGGUUCGACCAUGAGCCCAACCUCCGCGUUGCCAUUGUCACAGGAGCAGGCAAGAAGAGCUUUUGCGCCGGGCAAGAUCUCAUUCAACUCGGAAAGAUAAGGAGCGGGGAGCUGAAAGCAAGCCCUGGUAUGAUGCGACACCCUGUGAGUGGGUUUGGGGGGCUGAGCAGAAGGAUGGGAAAGAAGCCGGUUAUCGCUGCUGUCAAUGGGUUUGCGCUAGGUGGAGGAUUCGAGAUUGUUCUGGGCUGCGACAUGGUGGUAGCGGCACCUCACGCAACCUUUGGUCUCCCAGAAGCUCUCCGUGGCAUCUUCGCCGGCGCAGGAGGCCCACCACGUCUAGUCCGCAACGUAGGCCUACCCAUCGCAUCCGAGAUGGCAUUGACAGGCCGAUCCAUUACCGCGCAACGAGCCAAAGAGCUCAACCUCGUCAAUCGCAUAUCGCCAUCCCAAGACACGGUAGUGGAAGAGGCGUUGAAACUGGCAAAUGAAAUCGCAGCCAUUUCACCUGAUUCGGCAAUUGUCACACGAGCGGCGCUGAAGCAAGCUUGGGAAACUGGGAGCGUGGAGCGGGCUACUCAACUGACGAUUGAGCAGUAUAACCACGGCUUGAACGCGGGGGAUAAUGCGCUAGAGGGGCUCAAGGCUUUUGCAGAGAAGCGGAAACCGAACUGGCGACCUUCCAAGCUGUAG